AGGAGAUGCUCAAAUUCUGUCCGAUCUGCACCAGCUAUGGGCAUAACAUAGUUUUCUGUCCACGCGGAAUCAGUACAUGGGAUCCAAGCUACAAGGUAGACCAUCUGUGACAAACAUUGACCGCGCGAUUCUGACAUGUACUCGCGAUCUAGUUCCGCGCGCGAUGUCAGAAUUGUGACCAAUGGCACCUACCACAACCUUGUCAAGAAGAACUGCGUCGUUGUGUCCGUUGUGGUCACCUUGGCCACAAACAGCCUCACUGCCCUUUGAAUCCGCCUCCACGUCCGCACGUUCAUGGAGCCUUCAAUGGCAUGCAAGGCAUGAGGAACACAAAGCGACAUCGUUCUGAAGUCGAUAUUGGUGAACGGCAAGAUGCCAUUGAGCCAUUAGCUGCGGACACCAUGGCUGUUCGCCCUGAUCAGAUUUCGCCGACUCUCAUGAAAAAAUUGUGUAAGCAAAUGGCCGGGUUCACUAUGUACUUGAUCGAUCAGGGCUGCGACAGAGCGACAAUCCUCAACGGUCAGAUACCCAACGACUUAUCCCAACUGCGCAUGAUUCUGGAGUCGUCGCUGCCGCUGAGUCGAGAUCCAUCGGCUUCUAUGUCAGUUCCAUUCAUGCUCGCGCAGAACCAACCUUUGUCCGUCCAGUCUGGACCAUCAAACCUCCUUGCCACAAACGUGGUUAUUCCAGAUAUUCCGAUCGAGCAGGCAAUGCGUACUAGCAAUUCCCUGUCCACGAUCGGCCCAUGCCCAGAUUUCGCCCUGACAACGGGUUCGUUCAUGCCACUAACAGACAACGAGAAUCCUUUCAAUGACGCGUCGUUGUUGCAACCAAGUGUUUCAUUCUCUGCAGCGCAACCUCUCCAGGCUCAGCUCCUCACCACUUUCGAUGACCUCGACAUGACUGGUCCUUGGGAUGGAAACAUUUAUGCUCCUGAGUCCACGAGGCGUGACCCGGGUUUUAUGGACACCACGUCCCUCUCGACAGGACAACCACAGCCGAGUCAGAUCACUGAUUGGAAGACUAGUGACCCGUUCGAGGGCUUAGACGAGACCUACUUCUCUGGGGGAUCUUUCUCAUCUUCAGGAAGCUUUGGAAACCACUCGUACAACGCUGAAGACCAAGAUUUCUCUCAAAACGCCGAGUUUGUUCAACCGCAACCUCAGCGUAUGGAAAGCGUCUCCAAGAUCACGGAGAUUGUGUCUCCUGGGGGGGAUGAGCCGGCUGCCGACAUGGAAGUCUCUCCAAAGGCCAUCCCACGAACGCGAAAAGCUGGCGACAGUGAAUCCCUGAUCGAGCAUGACUCGAUACGCAAAAUCAAGUCGCACAACGCACCACGCGGCCGCGCAGCCGUCAACGGAACAAACGACAUGAGAUUGGCGAACCGCAAACUUGCUUCCAACGACGAAGGCGCCGACGAAGAAUCUACUGUCGUCGUGAAGACAGUAAAAGGAGUCAACUACAUCAUUACGGGCAGAAAGAUCACAGCGAAAGCUCCUACCGCCAGCCUAAAGACCACCACCGCGUCCGUCACCAACGCAGCUGCCCACAAGACCAUGAAAGGACGCUCUCCACAACUUCCAGCAGAACGCUUCAAGCCGACGCCGCGACGACAAGGCAAAGAGCCAAAGCCAAGCAAGCAGGCUGAAGCUUUCAAAAAGGCCAAACGUCGCGAGCCGGUCAGCAAGGGUGACAUCGAGGAAGAAGAGGAUGACGGUGACGACACCGGAACUUAUGUCGAGAGUCCGAAGCGUGCUGCUCCUGUAAAGAAGCGCCGCGUGCAGCAGGGCGGACGUGCGAAACCCAUUGAGCUUGAUUGAAGGAACCUAGAAUGCAAUGGAUGACAGCAGCAAGUUGUUUCUUUUCCUCUCAGGAUGAUCAGAGAGGCAUCCUGUGGACAAUCGUUUCGUGGCGAGUUGUCAGCGGGAUGACGGAACCGCCCAGUAUGGCCCAUCAUUGCCUCAUCAUCCGACAGGUGCACAAGCAGGAGGAAGGGCUUAGGGUUUCUUUUCUUUCCCUUUAACACGGUUUGGUCAUGGAUGGCAUCAACUUGAGAAGAGACCGGCCAGAAUGAGUGAGCAUCGACGUCCUGGAUGGAAGGGGAAAGGAAAAGCAUUUGCUAUUAUUUAUCAAAAUGAGGACUCUUUGAAAACCACCUAUCUGACCGUACCUGCAGGCGUGAAGGUGACGUUUUGUUGAAGAAUGCAAAAAGGCGUGAGACGCAUGAUCUAAUAGGAUUUACAUAGUGAGCUGCGAAGACGACGGAACAAGAAAAAUGUAGAAACAACGAAGA